UAUUUUUCAUUAAAUCAAGGGCAAUAACUCUAAGGAAAAUUGACCAAUCAAAAAAAAAACUUGACAGGCAUCAUCGCAGUAUGUUGGUUCAUGUUUAUUUCAAGUUUCAUGAAAUUCUACCUGCUAGUUACUGAGAUAUGGCUGCGGACGGACACACGGAUGUGACGGACAGACAACGCCAUUUCAAUACCCCGCUCCAGAUUUCAUCGGCGGGGGAUAAUAAAUACUGUUAUAAACUUCAUUAGAAUUUACAUGCCUUAUUCUCAAUUACUGAUUCAAAAUGCAUCACUACGUAAUUAUGUUGUUUGCUGUAUUGCAGAACCGCGGUGAAACAGAACCUCUCUAUAAUAUGGGCAACGAGCCGGAACGUGACCCCUUCCUUGAUAGGGUGUUCCAGAAUCAAGAAAAAAAAAAGCCCUAUGUUAAAGGACAGCCCUUGGAUUUAUUCCGAUUACACGGGGCUGUCCAAGAAAGGGGUGGAAUGGAAGAGAACCGCGGUGAAACAGAACCGCUCUAUAAUAUGGGCAACGAGCCGGAACGUGACCCCUUCCUUGAUAGGGUGUUCCAGAAUCAAGAAAAAAAAAAGGACUAUGUUAAAGGACAGCCCUUGGAUUUAUUCCGAUUACAUGGGGCUGUCCAAGAAAGGGGUGGAAUGGAAGAGAACCGGGGUGGAACAGAACCUCUCUAUAAUAUCGGCAACGAGCCGGAACGUGACCCAUUCCUCGAUAGGGUGUUCCAGAAUCAAGAAAAAAAAAGCCCUAUGUUAAAGGACAGCCCUUGGAUUUAUUCCGAUUACACGGGGCUGUCCAAGAAAGGGGUGGAAUGGAAGAGAACCGCGGUGGAACAGAACCUCUAUAUAAUAUGGGCAACGAGCAGGAACGUGACCCAUUCCUUGAUAGGGUGUUCCAGAAUCAAGAAAAAAAAAGCCCUAUGUUAAAGGACAGCCCUUGGAUUUAUUCCGAUUACACGGGGCUGUCCAAGAAAGGGGUGGAAUGGAAGAGGUAAUGUUGAGUCCGCAAACAUUAUGAUAUUUUUUUAUUUAACGACAACUAUGUUAAAGGUAGAUAAAAUGUUCUAUAUACUGAGCACUUAUGUGAUA